AUGCGGGAAGAAGAGAUCCCAUGGAGUGAGAUGGAUCUUAACCCGAUCCGAUCCGUCCUCGUAGCUCUCGGGUCGAACAAUGGUCUCAGAGAUCACUACAACACCUGCCAUUUUUAUCUGACUAUCGUUUUGGUUUCUGGAGGAGAUGGUAAGCAACUAGGAUACAUUUUGAUCGGUUUUAAACCAAAGCAUACACCAACAUACAUACUCGAAGAACCAUCAAACAGUGCUCACAUACUCCUUUUGGAGAACGUGAGGGUGGAAGCAGGCCUGAAAAUCAAGACUUCCUUCUUCGGCACCUUGGAAAACAACGAGUCUCCCAUUGAGAUAGGGUGGUCCAGCUCUUGCUGCUAUCGGUUUACCCCAACCGAAAUCGUUGCUGUACACAUCGAACCGGCCGUGGUCCAGCAGCUCCCGAACCGUGACUGUGGCUAUCCCGGUCUGGCUCACAUUCCCAAAACACUCUUCUUCGAGCGGUGGAUCGAGCCUGCGCCUCAUGUUUAUAGGGUCUGGAAUGUGGAUCGGAUAAUCAAUCCCGUCAAAGAACCAACCUUUGAGGUGAAUACGGCGCUGGAAAGUCUCGGAUCCCGGAUCCUUGGAGCAGAUCUCAGACCAUGCGUUGAAGAACUUCCAGAUCGAAUUUCCGUCAGCCACGGUAGAGUUAUAACCGAAGCCGAUAAAGAUCCCAUCUUUCAUCUCAGUCACUUGAACCAUAAGGAGAGAUCUUGAGACGCCGUGGUAGUUCUUGAUCCCGGUCGCAGGGAAAAAGGAACUGAAGAAACCGGGGACUGAACCGGACAACUGAAGUACAUCACUGACCUCGGUGUUUCUAGCCACGGCGUGAACAAACUCCACGCCCGAACCAUCGCAGCUGAUGAGGAACGAGACAGUUUCAUCUUCGUUCUUCACCUUGACAAGACGGCCAGCUAAAGGAUAGAAACGAUCAAGUGCAGCAGAGAGUGAAGCUUGUAAACGUGAGAUUACUAUGUCAAUUUUGGGAUCAGGUUUGGGAUAAAGAAGGCCUCUUUGAAGAUAACCAAAACGGAGACGAGCGAGAUCCCAUGGAGUCAGAUGAAUCUUCUUUACUGAAGUCGAUUUCUUAACAUUUCUGGGAUUUACGAUGCUUCUCGAGAUCACCACCAAAUCUUCUUCCAUCUAUGAGGUCUUUUAGUUACGUGAGGCUCAGCUUCUUUUCUAGUCCUUUAUGUUAUGGGUACUAAAUUUUAUUUUGGUAUCGCCAAUGAGUGAAAUCUCAAUCAUUAAUAUAAGUCCGCAUUUGAAAGUACUACUAAAUAAAAAAAAAGACCAAUACAUCUUUACUUUAUUGUGAGUGUGCCUUGUGUGGCCCG